CGGAUCCCUGCUUGUCAGUCUGUGGUCUCGCCAACAAGCGCGUCGUUGCAGCCCGUCGCGUCUACUCAUUUUACUUCUAUCACCACCACUACCACACUCUACCACCUCUUCACCACCACCUCCUCCUCAUCCAACAUCAGCACACACCAUGGCCUCCUUUUUCGAUCUCAAAGCACGGCGAGAAGCCGCCGCUGCUGCCGACAAAGACGCAGCCCCAUCCACCGCCCCCAAGAAUUCCGCCCGCCUUGUUCCCUGGGUAGAGAAAUACCGACCCAAAUCCCUCAGCGAUGUCACGGCGCAAGACCACACGAUCACGGUUCUCAAGCGCACGCUGCAAUCCAACAACCUGCCGCACAUGCUCUUCUACGGACCCCCCGGCACGGGCAAGACGUCGACGGUGCUCGCACUAGCCAAAGAGCUCUACGGGCCCGAGCUGAUGAAGACGCGAGUGCUUGAGCUCAACGCCUCGGACGAGCGCGGCAUCUCGAUCGUGCGGGAGAAGGUCAAGAACUUCGCGCGGACGACGGUGUCGACCAGCACGGCGCAGCAGAGCAGCGACUACCCGUGUCCGCCGUACAAGAUCAUCAUCCUGGACGAGGCGGACUCGAUGACGCAGGAUGCGCAGGCGGCGCUGCGCCGCACCAUGGAGACGUACUCGCGCAUCACAAGGUUCUGCCUCAUCUGCAACUACGUCACGCGCAUCAUCGACCCGCUGGCCAGUAGGUGCUCGAAGUUCAGGUUCAAGCCGUUGGACUCGAUGAAUGCGAAGGCAAGGAUCGAGGAGAUUGCGGCGCUCGAGGGCGUCAAGAUGGAGGACGGCGUGGUCGAUGCCCUCAUCAAGGUGUCGGAUGGUGAUUUGCGGAGGGCGAUCACGUACCUGCAGUCCGCUGCGAAGCUGCAUAAUCCGGGGAAGUUUGCGGAUGCGGAGGGUGAUGUGGAUAUGGAUAGCGGCGAGGAGAGCGCGGGUGAGGCUGUGUCCGAGGUGGUCACGGUUAGCUCGAUACAGGAGAUUGCGGGUGUGAUUCCGGAUGAGGUUAUCGAUCGUCUGCUGAAGGCGUGCGAUCCGAAGGCUAGAGGGGGCGUGUAUACCGGUAUUGCGAAGAUGGUGGAGGAUAUGGUGGCCGACGGGUGGAAUGCUUCGCAGGUGGUGAUCCAGCUUUACAACAGAUUGGUCUACGACGACGUGGUGACGGCAGAUCAGAAGAACGAGAUAGUACUCAUCUUCUCUGAAAUCGACAAGCGUCUAGCCGACGGCUCGGACGAGCAUCUGCAGAUUUUGGAUCUAGCCCUGCGAAUAUCCAGCGUUCUCGCAAAAUAGCAGAUUAUCACAAUAUCAGAGGAAUACACAAUGUAAU